UUGACCCGGACCCUCCUCCAUACUCUUUUCCUAGCUCGCCCCCUCCCCUCUCCCUGCCCCAGGGCUCUGACUUGCUAUAAGAGGCGGGAGCGCAGGCUGCCCCUAACAGCGCCGAGUUUCAGCACCAUGGAGAGCUCCAGCCUGCGACUGCUGCCACUCCUGGGCGCCGCCCUGUUGCUGCUACCUCUGCUGGGCGCCCGUGCCCAGGAGGACGCCGAGAUUCAGCCCCGAGCCCUGGACAUCUACUCCGCCGUGGAGGACGCCUCCCAUGAGAAGGAGCUGAUCGAAGCGCUGCAGGAAGUCCUGAAGAAGCUCAAGAGUAAACGCAUUCCCAUCUAUGAGAAGAAGUACGGUCAAGUCCCCAUGUGCGACGCCGGCGAGCAGUGCGCGGUGCGGAAAGGAGCGAGGAUCGGGAAGCUGUGCGACUGUCCCCGAGCAACCUCCUGCAAUUCGUUCCUCCUGAAGUGCUUAUGAAGGGGCACACACCCUCCUUCAUUCGUCCCCCUCCCUUUAUUUUCCCCAAAGGACCACACCUUCAUCCGUGGAGUUUGGCUUUGGCAACAAAGUUUGCACUUCACUCUGAGGGCGAAGGGGCUCUUUUCCUCUGUUCCCAAAUAAGACAACACAUUAGAUGUUACUGUGUGAAGGGUAAUGCCUCGUAUGGUGUUGAUACGUGUGCAAAGUAUUCUUUUCUCAUUUUAUUUGUGUAGCAAGCUCUUGUGUAUCUUUGUGUAAAGAAGGGGAACUUUGCUUUGAAAAUUGUAUUUUUGUAUGUGGCAUGACAGGAUGAAAAUUAGAUCUGUUAAUCUUGGUAGAUGACAUCAUCACCUGGAAAAUUAAUCACCCUAAGAAACACGAAUUGAAGCAUGUACAAAUUAUACAUAAUAAAGUGUUUUUAAUAAUUGC